AUGUGGGAAGGAGCCGUGCUGAAGAGCCUGGGAGACAAUGAUGUCCUCCCACCAGAUGUGCAUCGCCAGCAAUUCAGGCACUUCUGCUACCUGGAGGCCAAGGGGCCCCGAGAGGUGCAGGAGAGGAUGGCACAGGAGCGUUACCACAAAGCAGCUUUACCAGGUGAUGCCAUAAAACCAAUGAUACCUUCUUUGCCAUCUCUUCGUGAUGGAGAAAAAGCGGUUUCCGUGCAUUCAGAUCGGGGUCUGGGGACCUUUCAGGAGGUAUCUGUUCAUUUCACUAAGGAGUUGGCCCUGCUGAAUCCAGACCAAAGAAGGCUUCACAAGGAAGUCAUGGUGGAAAAUCAUGAGAAUGUGGCCUCCCUGGGUGAUGCCAUAAAACCAAUGAUAUCUUCUUUGCCAUGUCAUUGUGAUGGAGAAAAAGCGGAUUCCAUGCAGCCAGAUCAGAGUUCUUCUUUCUCUUUACAUGGUCUGUUGACCUUUCAGGAGAUAUCUGUUCAUUUCACGGAGGAGGAGUGGGCCCUGAUGGAUCCAGACCAAAGAAGGCUUCACAAGGAAGUCAUGGUGGACAGUUAUGAGAAUGUGUCCUCCCUGGGUAAGGCUCUUAUUUCCGUUGAUGCAGACAUGCUGAAGAAGGACUUCUGCUUCUCCAACCUGAUUCCAUGUCCCAAGUGGAAGAAGCAGGAGAUCCACUUGUCCAAGACGCAGAAGAAACAGAGAGAUCAGCAGGUAUCUGCCUACUUGUGUGGUGGAAGGGGAUCUUACAAGGCAUUUCUCUUUAUUGCAGUGGUUGAUGGUCCCCAGAAAAAGCCUGAGGGUGACCCACAACACAUUCUGUUUGACGGAAAACAGCAGAAGAGAAACACUGGAACAAAAAAGGAGAGUGGGAAUGAAUGCUGUGCUUCUCAGGCUGCUGAAUCCCAAGGGUUUGAUACACACUGGAAAAUCCACACAGGGGAAAAACCUGAUAAAUGCUCAGAACAUAGAAGGAGCUUUGCUUGGAAGGGAGAACUUUCUGGCCAUCAACGUAUUAACACUGGGGAAAAACCUUAUAAAUGCUUGCAGUGUGGAAAGAGCUUUCUUCAGAGUUCAUAUCUUGCUGCCCAUCAGCAUGUCCACACUGGUGAGAAACCUUAUAAAUGCUUGCAGUGUGGAAAGAGCUUUGUUCGGAGUUGCUAUCUUACUGUCCAUCAGCGUAUCCAUACGGGGGAGAAACCUUAUAAAUGCUUGCAGUGUGGAAAGAGCUGUGCUUCAAGUUCAGAGCUUACUGUCCAUCAGCGUAUCCACACGGGGGAGAAACCUUAUAAAUGCUUGCAGUGUGGAAAGAGCUUUGCUCAGAAGUCACACCUUAAUAGACAUCAGUAUAUCCACACUGGGGAGAAACCUUAUAAAUGUUUGCAGUGUGAAAAGGGCUUUGCUGAGAGUUCAGAGCUUAAUAUCCAUCAGCGUAUCCACACUGGGGAGAAACCUUAUAAUUGCUUGCUGUGCGGAAAGAGCUUUGCUCGGAGUUCACAGCUUACUAUCCAUCAGCAUAUGCACACUGGGGAGAAACCUUAUAAAUGCUUGCUGUGUGGAAAGAGCUUUGCUCGGAGUUCACAGCUUAAUAUCCAUCAGCAUAUACACACUGAGGAGAAACCUUAUAAAUGCUUGCAGUGUGGAAAGAGCUUUGUUCGGAGUUCACAGCUUAAUAUCCAUCAGCAUAUGCACACUGGGGAGAAACCUUAUAAAUGCUUACUGUGUGGAAAGAGCUUUGCUCGGAAUUCACACCUUACCAGACAUCAGUAUAUCCACACUGAGGAGAAACCUUAUAAAUGCUUGCAGUGUGAAAAGGGCUUUGCUGAGAGUUCAGAGCUUACUAUCCAUCAGCGUAUCCACACUGGUGAUAAACCUUAUCAAUGCUUGCAGUGUGGAAAGAGCUUUUUUUGGCGUUCAGAGCUUACUAAACAUCAGCGUAUCCACACAGGGGAGAAACCUUAUAAAUGCUUGCAGUGUGGAAAGAGCUUUGCCUGGUGUUCAGAGCUUACUACCCAUCAGCGUAUUCACACAGGGGAGAAACCUUUUAAAUGCUUGCAGUGUAAAAAGGGCUUUACUCAAAAUUCACAUCUUAUUGUCCAUCAACGUAUCCACACUGGUGAGAAACCUUAUAAAUGCUUGGAGUGUGGAAAGAGCUUUGCUCAGAGUGCACACCUUACUAUCCAUCAGCGUAUCCACACUGUGGAAAAACCUUAUAUAUGCUUGCAGUGA